CUUUCACCCGCGCACAGGCAUCUGGGAAAUUGAGUCCGCGUACUGAAUAAUUCAAGCCGUUCCUUUUCCUCCAACGCUAACAAGAUGCCGGCCGUACAUCACAAACUGCUGCUGGAGGACGCCUUACAGGACAGUCCUCAGGUAGGCCUUUGUUAGUCUAAAGAGAUAAAUGUCACAUAGAGGACGAUAUGAGAGCAGAAGUGAGCUCGCUAGCCCAGACAGAGGCUUGUUAUCGCUGUAGGCUGGUCGAUGACAGCUCUCAAUUGACACUUUGUUAUGGUAACAUAAUCCUGCGUAAGGAGUGGCGGCGCCUUUCCGAUGUAAACAGAGUUAUAGUCAUUACAGCUAGUCGUAAAUAUCGUUUUCUGGGUGUAUGUAUUGUAUUUACAACGCUACCUCUCAUCACAGUUCUCCUCUCCCUGUUAGAGUUAAUAUCUUUUUGUAUUCAUCCAGACUCCCACCGCCUAACACGAUGACACGACCAUAGCAAAAUAACCAUCACUGUCCUUCAAUAUUAUUUUCCAGCAUCGUAUGAGGAUAAAUUCUGCCUUCAGAGUCUGUGCUGGGGCCGAACUGGGCCUGAUAGACAGGAUGUGGGAGGGGUUUCCAUUAUUGGACUCCACUGGAAUAAGUCAAUAGCCUGCAACAGGGCAGCAAUGAUAGCUGCAGCAGUUAAUACCAAUUAAUGCUUGAUGUUUAUACGUCUGAAAUACAGUGUGACAGCUGUCUACCAAGUCCUAGGAUUCAUACAGGGACACUGCUAUAGCAAAGUGAAUCAGAACCAUCUUUGAUGCAAUGCAAAUGAAGAGCAGCCAGUAGGUUUUGUUGUCUGUUGCAUCAUUCUUUCAUCAAACAGGACUGACCUCCUUAAUGGUUAUGCUUAAGUGCAACCCAUGCUGCAGGGCUAUUUACCCUUUUAUGAUGCAGUUUCUCCUUUAAAAAUACAUAUAGAUGGGCUUUUUUAACAGUAAAAUGGAAAGUUUGCCAGGCUGAAAAUAUUCCAAACGGUUAUAGAGUAAAAUCACCUCAGAUCUUUCAGUGUGAGUCAACUACAGUGAACUCUAAACACACUUUCACUGCUGGGUGUGUUCCUCUUUGCUGUGUAUGCCUUGCCUUGCUGCACCUGUUUAUGCAAGAAAGAAAAAACUACGCUCAAACAGGAUAUUCCAAGUUUGCAUAAGAAGCCUACAGGAAAAUCAGACUGUGUUUACUUUAGUACGAAAGCAACUCCUCAGUAGUCCUCCGCAUAAUGCAUUAAGCCUAAUUUCCGUUUCCCUAUAUCCUAUGUCUUUUAUCCACUCCUUGGCUAUGCAUGUCAUAUAAGGGUUACAGAUCCCCACCAAACUUUUUUUUUUCAUUGUGGUGACAAUAUGGGUGUAAUGUUUGAUAUUUUGCCCAGAACAAUAGCAAAAGGAUAAGAUAAGCUAAGAUGUUCCUUUAAUAGUCCCACAGGGGGAAAUUCCAAAUGAGCAGCAGCAUACAGUCAUGCAAAGAGAAAUUAAAGUAUGAAGCAACUUAGAGUUAAGAAAAAGGUUAAAGAUAUGUGCUAUAUAAGAUAUGACUAUUCAACAAUCUUCUUUUUUUAUCCUUAUGGACAUUUCAAUUAUCAACCCAAUACCCAAUUAUUAGUGACUGCUCUGCUUACGAUCAGGGCUGCCACGUAAUUUGGUUUUAUUUUAAUAAUUUUGCUGGCAGUGUACUUGCAAAAUUGUCAAAAAAGGUAAACCUGCGCAUCAUAUUUUCCCAGAGAGGAAGAAGAAAUUCUCACAUCGUUGUGUUUUACUAACCAAUUAUCACAAAUUUCAAAGAUAUCACAUUUGCUUAAAUAAAUAAAGAAGAAGAAGAAGAUGCAAAUCCACAUAUUUGAACUAGUAAAACAGAUAUCCAAUACUUGAAGAAACGGUUAAUGAUUGUAUCCGUCUAGUUUGUAUUAAAAGUUAGCUGUCCACAUUUCCUUUCUUGCUCUGUUUCAAACAUUGUUUACUGUGAUGAUUCUCUUUAGUGCUAAUAUGAGCUUUAGCCCCCUUUUCAAGUUAGGAGUUCCCGUUCUUCAUGAGCAGACAUACAGUGUGAUCGAAGUUCUCAGUCCUCAAACUGUGUGUCCUCAUCUGGUUCCAUCACUGACAUAUUUGUGAAAAUGUGUGACUGUUUGCUUCACAGACUCGCUCCUUGCUCAGUGUGUUUGAGGAAGAUGCGGCGAAUCUUACAGACUACACUAACAAGCUGCUUCAAGCGAUGCAGCGGGUGUACGGAGCACAGGUAAACAAACAAACACAAAUGGACAUACAUAUGUAGACUAUGGCGUAGAUGUAUACAAACCAGGUUUUUGCACAAACAGCUACAAUAUCUCUCUAACCAGGUUUGAGUGGCAUCACACUGCGACUAUUUUUGGCUACUCUUGACUUGCUCUGUAAAGUGAUGUGCACCAAUUACUGUAAUUUUGUGCAGUCAGGGUGUAGAUACCUUUAACUGUCUAGCAGAUAUACCCCGCUGAACAAAUGCUCUAGUUAGAAAAGAUCAAGCAUGAUUUGUGCAACAUUUUGUUUGAUGUUUUUUGGACAGAUAAUUCACAGCUUGAGUUGGCAUUUAUUUCACAGUGCGCUUUUUCAAAUGAUAUCAAAUUAAAACUCAGAUUUACAUUUUUUUCCCAUUCACUCUCUUUUGAGUUCUGCAGGAGGCUGAAUUGAUUUAUUGAUGAGCUACAGUCAUUGUUAACUUUGUUUCCUCCUCUGUCUGCUUUCUACAGAGUGAGAUGGGACUGGCCACAGAGCAGCUCUCACAACAACUUCUGGAAUAUGAGAAGAAGGUGAGUAUGAGUGACAGCGCACUCUUAUCAAGCAUGCACUUUCAGAAAGCUGCAACUCAGGGUGGGAGGAUCAAAUAAUGUCAUGAUAUCAUUUUGCUGUUGUCGAAGACCUCAAAUCUAGUAGGUCGUACAAAUCAUUCUUAGUAUUUUUCAAGGGGCGGUCAAAUAUUUUUUGGGAGGCCAUAAUUUAUCAAGCAUUGGGGGACGUUUGUAUUUUAAGAAAUUCCCACCUCUGCUAAUGUUUCUGUGAAAUAGAUUUUGAGGUAACAUAUUCCACAAAAACAAGCCAGGAUGAGUUAGAGGCGUUACAUUGCUACAAACAUUUUCAGUUGUCUAUUUGGCACUCCUGUUUUAAAGUCGGCGCUUGCAUUAGGGCACAGAUGUAAUUCAAACUAAGAUUUUCCACAGUUUGAUCAUUGUUUUGCACAUGUUACUUAUUUCUGCAAGCACUUGCAGCAUUGCUUUUUGACACACCUCUAGGUUUUUAUCUUUUUCAUCUGUACUUUGUUCCUCUGUUUGAGUUGUAUUUGUCUACCGCACCUCAAAGUAGCGUGAUUGUGUUCAUGAAAUCUCUUGAAAUAACCUUGGCAGUUAUAAAAUAAUACAGGUUGGUAAAGCCGUACUAAUUUGAAUAAUGAACACAGAGCAAGUGGAUGAGUUCACUCUUUUGGAAUCCAUCCCUGACUUCACAGUGGAUAGAGGAUAGAAAACAAAGUCUGCACUGGUCUGUGUUGGCUGCACUUCUGAGCGCCUUUUAACAAGGCUAAACACUCAGCGACUUAGCACGGGACGUAUUAACAACUCUGGCUUUGUUCCAUGAAAGACAUACACCAGAAAUCCAUGAAUCCCCCAGUGAGGCUAGAAAGUUCUGUGAGAACAUUAUGCAGUCUAAUGGCUGAAACUGUCUGCCUUCUCUCUUCACUCUCUCCAGAAUUUUGCCCUUGGAAAAGGUGAUGAAGAGGUUAUCACCACGCUGCAGAACUUUGCCAAAACCGUAGGGGAGGUGAGGCGAGGCCUGUGUUUGCACAUUUGCUGUUGCGUAUGUGUGUGUUUAUGUGUGUGUAGACUCACAGCGGAGUCGAGGGUGUCAUAAACCAGUUGUUUCUUUUUCAUGUUAUGAAGGAAAUUGCAUCUCUGCUCCCCUUACAAACUGUGUAAAUGACCUUAACUAAAAAAAAAACUGAGAAUUAUCCUCCCUGUAAGACUAGAAAUGAUUCCUAAAUGACUCCAUGAAGCGAACAGCGAGGUGGAUGUGGUGAUUGAUAGCUGACUGGCAGAAGGAGAGGAAGGAGGGGUGUGUAGAGCCAGGUAUAACGACAAAACAGAUGGGCCUUUCACUGUCAGCCACGGGGGGUCCACAAACCUGCCCAAUCAGCAUUUACAGGAUUGAGGACACGCAAACAAAUCUGUUUAGAGGAAACAGGUUGAUUGUUUGCCUGACCUUUACCUCCUGAUUAACAGAAAACUCAUUUCACAGUUAGAAUGCGACCUACUCCUGCACCUAAUCCGGUGAACUUUAGCACUUGCUAAAUCAUUUAGAUUAAACUGGAUGUUGGCUUGUCAACUUCCUGAUAAGCAGAGAGAAGAAGAGCAGGAUUUGCUCGUGUGUGCAUUGCAUUGCCUUGUGCAGUUAAUAGAAAGUUGUACCUUCUCUUCACCUAAUGGACUGUCUCGCAACAAAAUGUCCCCAUUUUCCUGAAAAUCUUACUUUGCUGAUUGCAGCGGGAGCAAUAACGGGCAGAAAAUCUCACUACUAUUAAGAUAAACCAAAACCCCCCGAGCUGUUUGGCGAGAGGUCAUUCUCUGUUUGUGUCCUCACUCAGCGGUAGUUGAUAUUAUUGUAUUAUCUGUUUUGUGUCAUCCAGCUGAAUGCGCUUCACUCCGAUCUGGCCAACCAGAUGGCUGACAGCAUGGUCUUUCCUUUGAUUCAGUUCCGAGAGAAAGACCUCACAGGUGAGUCCGCAUGGACGAGUACAGAAAGGAUCAUUAUUCAUUUUCAGUUUAUAGUUAUGUCAGGUAUUUUAUGCCAAGUUUACAGAAAAGAGACAAUUAGGUGAUGAGUAAUGACACUCAACAAAGGUCUUCAGCUUUAGUUCUCCAGACUCUGCCUGUUGUUGUUCAUUGUCAGCACCUAAGCGCUCAUUGUAACAUAAUUAUUCAUCUAUUACACUUAAUGGAUCCAUUCUCAGUCAUGGUAAUUAGAGUACUGAAGUCAAAACAAUGCCACACCUCACAUGCAGCAGUUACUUCAGGAUGAGGGUUUAAUUUGUGCAAGCAUUUUGUCAAUUAACGUGCAGCAAUACUGCAUGAAGAUGUGUGUUUUUCUUUUUUUAAAAAACAUACUUUAUGUAAAAUGUUUCAGAGAUAAGCACGCUGAAGGAAAUAUUCACCAUCGCCACUGAUGGUAAGUGUAAAUACAAACCUAUUUCCCAGCACAGUUACGACCUACAGUUUUGAUCCAGCGCUUAUUUACCCUUCUCUUCUUUCUUUCCUGCAGAGCAUGAGGCAGCUAUGGUCAAAUACAGCCGAUUGCCCAAGAAGAAGGAGAAUGAGAAGGUGAGGUGACUGUGAAGUGCUCCCUGUCUGUGGAGCUUUUAUCACCAUUGAUCACAGGCUGUAAAAGGCUUUGCAGGGUUGUAAUGCUCUGGUAAUGCAGUAGGAGUGUUUCAGAUAUGUGCAAUUUGAUAUUCUCCGAGCUGUUGUUAUGAGACUAUAACAACACAAUUCACUAUAAUGGCUGCAAAGAUAAGAUUCCACUGCUUUUGCUUCUAUUGACUGUGUCACAUUGCCUUCCUGGGCAUGCAAGUUAAUGCACCUGAGUUGCUCAUUUGAAUGUGUGCAAAAAAGAAGGCGAAGUUUUUGCAUAUUUCUAAAUGUGUGCACAGAGCUUUAAAGCCAGUGUGUAAAUGUACAUAUUUGCAUGUUUAACCCUUACCUAUCUGGACAGAUGAAGUCAGACCUGGUGAAGGAGGUGGCCUACACUAGGAGGAAGCAGCACCAGGCCUCGCUGCAGUAUUACUGUGCUCUCAACGCCCUGCAGUAUCGCAAGAGGGUAGCCAUGCUCGAACCGAUGCUGGGCUACACACAAGCGCAGGUACCAGCUGUCAGAAAGUUGUUUGUAUGCAGGUCAAAUCUAAAGCAUCAGGAGCAGUUAGUUGAUCAACAGAUGUUAAACGAUGAAUUAAUCAGAAAGCAUAUGUAAUAAAAUAUAAAUCCAAUUCAAGUUUAUUUAUAAAGCACAUUUAAAAGCAACAAAACGCCAAAGUGCUGUACAAUUAAAAACAGAACAAAUAAAAAAAAAUUUUUUAAGAAACAGACAAUUAACACGAACAAUAACACAAAGACACAGGAACACAUUAAAAACAGGGGGACAUAGAUGAUUCAAUAAAAACAUGAUUAAAAGGCCAAGUUCUCAGGAGUUAAAAGCAAAGGAGUAAAACACUGUCAUGAAGAGUAAAAACAUUCCAGAGCUUAGGCGCGGCAAUGGAAUAAGUUCGGUCACCUCUGAACUUCAGUCUUGACUGAGGGACAGUUAGAAGGCACUGGUCAGAGGAUCUGAGAUGAAAUACGGGGUUUUAAAAGGUCAGAGAGAUAAAAAGAAGCAAGCCUGUUUAAAGAUUUAUAAGGUAAUAACAAAAUUUUAAAAUCAGUCCUAAACACACAGGAAGCCAGUGAAGAGAGGCUAAAAUAGGGAAAAUGUGGUCAUAUUUACGGCGACCAGAUAAAACACGAGGUGCGGCAUUUUGAACGAGCUAUAAAGUCCAUGGUCCCUUUUUAAAGCAAAAUAACACACAGUUUGGGGCUUUUUUUUUACACUUAAUGAACUAACUACACUCACUAGAACUAGUAUUUGAUACUGUUUUGUGAUUAUGUGUUUUAAAUCAAGCGCCAAAAAUAAACAGGAAUGUCAUCAAUGUGAUUUUUAUUUGCAGCACUCUUUGUAGCUCAGUGAUUAAUUACUGUCUAUUCAAAAGUCAAAGUCAACUUUAUUGUCAAAUAUGCUAUACAUGUUAAACAUACAGCACAGGUGAAAUUUCAGUCCUCUCAGACCCCACAGUGCAGAAGAAUCAACUAUAAAAAUAAAACUAAAGUAUAAAUAUUGAAUAAACAACUAAGCUAAACAAAAGACAAUCUUAAAUACUCUCAAUUUACAAAAAUAAAGAACAAUAUAAACAGCAUAACAGUAAAAACAGUGUAACAGUAUAAAUUCCUAUUAUUAUAUUAUAAUAUCCCUAUUAAUGUGUAUUGCGUUCAAGUGUGUGAUUGAGACAAUACAGUAAAAGCACAAGUGGCUCAUUGUUACCUUUUUUCUGUAGGUUGGCUUCUUCAAAAAAGGUAUCGACAUGGUGGCAAAGAGGAUGGACAACUUUUUAUCCUCGGUUUCUAACAUGACUCAAAGGUAAACAACCUCUCCUACUGUUAUUUUUGUAAAAACAGAGUAUCUGCUGGUGGAAACAGGUGGAAGUUUCCGGUCAUCCAAACAGACUUAAUUUAACCCAUUUACCUCACAGCACACUGCAUCUCCAUAAACAUAUUUGUUUUCAGCAGCCUCUCAGGAAAUGCUACUUCUCUUUUAUAUACUAACAUGUAAUAAUAACCGAGUUUAGCAUGUGUAUCAGGAAAUGUUGACACUUAAUUUGCAGAAUAAGAGUGGGUUUCUUUAUGGACCUUUUUUUCUCGUCUAGCAUCCAGAACCAGCUGGACACAGAAGCUGAGUCCAUGCGAGUGUCUCAGAAGGAGCUUCUCUCUGUGGAGGACACCGUCUAUAUGCCAGAUAAGGACACUGACCCUGUCAAUCGCACGCUUAUCCAGAAGGCUGGCUACCUUAACAUCAGGAAGUAAGAUUAACUUCUCACUCAUUAUAGAACUGCGUCGAAUUAAAGGACACCUCCUUUCACCUCGAUAUCCUUGAUCAUGACAGGUUAAGGGACCAAAACAACUGAGAAACACAUUUUUAAUCUGGCCUACUUUUAAGCGACGGAUUCAUGUUUGGUUAGAAAAUGCAGUAAAAAUACAGCAGGUCAAGUUGGCAUUAAAUGUCAAAAUAACCAAACAGCAGGCAAAAUGUUUUUGCUUCCAUCGCUGAAGCUGCACAAAAUAUGCAGGGACACGGUAAACAAUAAAUCUGUCACGGCAGUCGGUGGGUCAGGUAACAUGUUGACAGUGUGCGCUGUCAGCUUAUUGCAGGAUGGAUGUGAGAGCAGAGAAACUUCCUUAAUGGCUUCAGGGGCUCGAGCUGUAACAUAUCCUGCUAUGUGAUUUAGUGAAAUGUCAGAGCUGUCAAACUCUGUCUCUCCCUCAUAUACAUCCAAAGUCUUUGACAAAUGUCUGUGACACCAGAGAGAAGGUUUCCAUGGAAUGCCCUUCUGUUUAAUGACACACUGUGCCAGCAGCAGCAAACGCUUGUCAAAUGGAGCCGAGUCCAGAGAACAUUUUCUAUUUCAAAGUGUGUCUCCAUAUCAAUAGCGUGAGUCAGCCAUGGCAGCAUGAGACACACACUUCAUAUUAAUGAAAGAAUAUUUAUCAGGAGGUCUUUUUCUUUUUUUAAAUCCAGAGCAGGGAUCACAGAUGAAUCAUACACCUGUAGCUUUGUUUUGAAAAUAAGUGAGUCAGAGCUUAAUUAUGUUUUAGUUUAAUAGCAACCAUGAUAACCAAAAUGAAACAACUGUGACAGAAAAAGGCAGAAACUAAAGGCUGGCUCAUAUGGAUCUUUUCAGAUCAGUAAAAGAUAGUCAAGGAGGUAUAGAGAACAUUGAAAUGGCGAUGUAUAAACUAAAACGUCAUUCAGAUUAAGUCGCAUGAUAUCAUAUUGAGUUUUAUUGAAGAUUGUUAUUUUCCACGAGUAACAAAAUAUACAUUUUUACUAUCAGUUGCUGUGCUACAUGAAAUACAGAAGGCUUAGACAACCUACGUUUCUCCUGUAUGCUCAUUUCAGCCAAAUGUUAGACCUUUUCUUAAAAUUUAUAGCAUUAUUAGUCUCAGUUAAAUCCUUGUUUUUGUGUUUUUUUCCCUUUAAUAUAAAGAAAAACAGAAUACAUGCAGAUAUAUAGAGUACAUGGGGAGAAUAUAUUCUGAGGGAAGCUUAAAUAUCCAUAGUCUGCUCGUAUCCCUUUCAUACUUAUAGUACGUCAUGGAGAAAAAACUAGGGGUGUACAAAUACAAUAUUGAUAUAGAGAUCGGUCUGAUAUCAGCCUGCAUCUAAAACCUCUGAUAUCAGCACUCUGAUACAAGCAGUCCAUUCCAGACUCCGCUCCAGCACCUCUAUCCAGCAUGUCCAGCAUGUAGAGCCCACAUAAUCACAACAACAGUGUGUGCUAAGGUGCUAACAAAGUACCAAGGAGUAGGAGUGAUGGCAGUAUUUUUCGUUAAAGUCUGAAAAAGAUGUCUUGUCAUGUACAAGUUUGUGCCAAUAUCGGUAACGGCCGAUACUGAAGGCUACAAUAUCAGUAUCAUACUGGAGGUUAAAAAAAGUUGUUUGGGGACACCCCUAGAUAAAACUAAUUCUGUGUUACACAAAAUCUCAUCCCUAUCGUGAUAAUCUUUUUAAAGCUCUUCCUGCCUCUUUAUUUCUGCGCCCUAGUAAAACAGGUCUAGUGACCACAGCCUGGGACCGACUCUACUUCUUCACCCAGGGUGGGAACCUCAUGUGCCAACCACGUGGGGCGGUGGCAGGAGGCAUGGUGCUGGAUCUAGACAACAGCUCUGUGAUGGCCGUGGACUGUGAAGACAGACGCUACUGUUUUCAGAUCACAUCUCCAUCAGGCAAAACGUAGGUAGACUUGUCGUCCAGAGAGGUAAAUAACACACAAAAACAUGCUUUAACAUCCUCUGUAUUCUCACUGGUGUUUGCAGGUCAAUGAUUCUACAAGCAGAGAGCAAAAGGGAAUAUGAAGAAGUAAGUGUGAAGGCAGCGUAUAAACAGCUGUGUUUGAUCUUCUGUGUGUGUGCCCAUCUCAAAGAUAUCCACUGAUUUAAGUGUCAGUCACAGAGAAAUGAAAGAGCUGUCAUGUCAGUCAGUCAUGGAGAAAUGAUUGUGAGUUCACGCAGCUCAUAUCUGAUCUAGAUGAAACCAUGAUGUGGAUUUUUGUGUUUUUUUCCUCAGUGGAUUUGCACUGUGAACAACAUCUCCAGACAGAUCUACCUGACUGACAACCCAGAGGUAACCUACACGUCUCUCACUCCACGUCCACUCACACACACACACAGACUUAGUGUUGGUUUAUAAGAAAGAAUCAAAGUAAGAAUUAUACAUGUGAUCGCUCUUUUCCUACCCUUCUCAUUUGACCCAGUUGGUGAGAUGUCUAUUUUUUGUUCCACUACAUUAGAGGCUCUGCCAUAACAUGCAGCAGCAUUGCCUCAGUGCUGUCACACUCCCUGCACACAGAGCAGAGAUUGAAAUCAGGGUUGAAAUCCUGCGAAGAUGAACAAGAUAGUUUGAUCGUACUUUAAAUAUUUGAUACACAUUCACAUCUCCCUGCGCUACGGAUGACUCACUGAUGAUACAGAGAUGGUAGCCUAUAGUGUCCCUGUUUCUUCUUGUCAGGCUGUGGCGAUCCGUCUUAAUCAAACUGCCAUCCAGGCUGUCACCCCCAUCACCAGCUUUGAGAAGAGACCAGAAGGCUCGCCAAACCCUGACAGGUCAGACUGCUGCUUACACAAAACACUGCGCUUGAUCCUCUCCUGAGUUUGACGCUCAGAUUCUUUAUAGUAGGAAGUCUCAUAACUCCUCUUUCCAGUCUCUCCGUAUGUGACAGGCUUCAUGUGGUUAUAAUGAAAUAUUUCAUUUAGUUUUUCUUUUCAGCUGUGCAAUACCUCUAACAUGACAUCUAGAUCGACAUGUAUGAGUUGAUGGAAUUGAAAACAGUCAUGAUUUUCCUGUUUGCUGUUCAUCCUUGAUUACUUACAAUUAUCAUCCAUUUGGCUCAUACUUCCACCAUACAGUGGUUGUUCAAGUUAAAGGUCAAAUCUGUGCAUUGGUCCCUUUGAGGAUUUGUCCAAGAAACAUUUAGUGUUUUUCUGAGGUUUUCUUGCCACUCUUAUCCGAUACCUGAAAAGCUUGCUACUUUGUACCUUGACCCAACAUGUACAUUACUUCCAAGGUCCAUGAACACAUUGACACAACACUAUUAGCACAGAACCCUAGAGCUUUGGUUAUAUAUUUCUACAGCUAAUCUGUUGAGCUUUUAUGCAUUUAUUUUUUAUUAUUAUUAUUGCAGUUAUUACCUCCGCCAAGGAGGUUAUGUUUUCGGUAGCGUUGGUUUGCUUGUUUGUUUGUGAGUUUGUCUGUCUGUUAGCAACUUUACGGAGAAAGUAACAGACGGAUUGACCUGAAAUUUUCACCAGAGGUGUGUCUCAGCCCCAGGAGGAUCCCAUUAAAUUUUGGUGGUGAUCCGGACAAAAUUCUGGAUACUGGAUACUAAUUCUGGAUCCAGAACACACAAAAAUAAGGGUGUCUUUGGAAUUUUCAAUGCUGAAAGAUAACCAAUGGGCGGCACUGUGGUGUAGAUAGGCGUGAUAGUGGUGUAGUGGUUAGCACUGUCACAUCUCAACCAGAAGGUCCUGGGUUUGAAUCCCAGUCAGGGCAUUUCUUGUUUUAGGAACAUUAUGAACAGUGAACAUACCAGUUUAAACACAAAUAAAAGUUAAUAAAAGACACGUAACAGUAAAAGUUUUGGUGUGAAUCACAAUAUAAGGGGGACAUGAGCUGCUUGGCAGAGGUCUGUGCUCUCGUAGUGCUUUUCUAGUUUGAAUACUAUGAUAGAUUUAAAAAUAUGUAACUUUUUUUUAUUUUGAGUUUUUUGUUUUACUAUUUCAUGUCGAUCAUCCUAUUUCUUCCUGCAGAGCAAAACCAGGAGGUGUAUAUACAGCCAGCAGUUCCAAGAAUCCAGGAGCUGCUCCAGAACCAGAGGACCUGAUAGCCCCCGGGACGCCCAUCCAGUUUGACAUCAUGCUGCCUGCUUCAGAGUUUCUGGACCAGAACAGGGCUGGUGGGAGGUGAGGAGACAUCUGGGACAGGAAGUUUGUCCAUGUUUGCACAUGUUUAGGAGAGGAUGGCAGGAACAUGGUUCUGCUGAGUGGCGCUCAUUUCCUGAAAGCCGACCUCAAAGUGAUUAUUACAUGAUUUCCAGGAAGCGAAAUGCUUCCUAAUGCCUAAACGCAGGAGGUCUAAUUGUUUUUUCCUUGGCAUGUGUACCUUCCCUUCCUGACAGACGCACAAAUCCGUUCGGAGAAACAGAUGAUGACUGUUCAUCAGAGAGUGACGGUAAUGAUUUUCUACUCCAGGUUCAACAUAACGAUCCAUCGUGUAUUAGUAACGGUCGUAGUGUUUACGUACCUUGUGAUAACACUGUUACAUAUGUGUUCCUGUUUUUUUGUUAUUCACUGUCCUUGAAUGUUCAUGCAUUGUUGAUGUUUGUACGCUUCCACAGACUCUCUCCUGCAACAAGUGUUCGCUGUGCGCUUCCUGGGCUCAAUGGCGGUGCGCUGUGGCAACAAUCAGGAGGUCAUCUAUGAGGCCAUGAGGCAGGUGCUAGCUGCCCGAGCGAUCCACAAUAUCUUCAGGACCACCGAGUCCCACCUUAUGGUCACUAGCAGUAACCUCAGGUAAAGACUACUACCUCUCAUAUAAAGACGGGGAAGCAAGUAAAAUCAAGAGAGUUAUGCCCUAUAUAUGUACUUAAACAAGGUGGUCGUCAAAGAAAGAUUAAGCUUUUCAUACAAUCUGAGAGGUUGGAUUGAGCCCCUUGAUUUUUCAAAGAUGUGUUUUGGGUCAAUCAUGAAUCAAAUCAGUCAGUGUCUGCUCUCAUUCCCCUCAAGAGCCAAGUGCACCUACAAGCAAGCGUGUUAUUAUUCAUGCCACAGAUUUCAAUCUUUCCACUCAAAGAGACCAGGCUUGAGCAGACAUCUUUAAUGUCUCCCCCCUGAAUGUGUACCCCCAAAGCUGUACAAAACACACUGAUUUGUGUUGAAUUGAUUGAUGGAGCACCAGUUGAAACAAUCUCUAGGAACAAUAACAACAAAAGCAAUUCUCCAAACCCACGAGGCACAGCAGUUUAAUGUUUUUAAUGAAUUUUAGUAUGCAGACAGUGUAAGACAUAAUCUGAUCUAAACUAACAUCCCAUGUGCUCAGCAUCUGAGAAAGAUGGGCCCUGACUCCUUAUUUACAUACUUUCACAGCCAGAUUCCCUGGUUGUUAUCUGGUAGCAUAUGAUUAAGGAUUGCUAAAAAAGUUACCUCUUAGUUCUGUGUGGAUUUGCGUUUGUUUUAUAGUAAUUAAGAGAGUGCGCAUCAAAGAGGGUGCACAUGAUGGAGAGCUUGUGACAUCUUAGUCGGGAGGUUUUGACCCUUACAUAGCUGAGUUGAAACAAGUGUUCUCAUCUCCUACUAUCUAUGGAUUGGCCCUCAAGCAAGAGCAGUAUGGGGAUGUAAGGAGGGGAGGGCGAAAACGCUUGCUUUACGGAGCCCUUUGUCAUAAUCUUGUAUCAUCCAUUACACUGAUAUUUCCUGCAUGACUCUAUAUGUGGGAAGUAAGCAGAUGUACGCUCAGUGUGAACACACUUACUUAUACACCCUCUAAGUAUAGAAAAAGUACUGCGUCAUAGACACAUCUGAGACCAGGUUUUGUUGGUCUCAGGCACAGAUGCUUUCUGCGUCCUCAAGAUAGUGACGCGCCACUAUACGUGCGUAGGUGCUAGGAGUAAACUGAUGACUCGAUUGGGAAGGAAAUAGCAAAGGUUCUUGUGCUGCAGGCCAAGGUGUUCAGUGUUGCGUUGACAAUAGAACCUAAUGGAUUUCACGAGUGACGCACGAGUAGGGAGCAAGUUGUGACCGUGUAGCAACUCAUGAUGUAACAACAACUCAUAAUGUAAUCACAGCUUAUAAUGUAAUAAUGGCUCAAAAUGUUAAAAGUACCUUGUAGUGUUAUAAUACCUUAUAAUAAUAAUGACUCAUAAUGUUAUAAUGGCUCAUAAUGUUAUAAUAGCCUAGCUCAUAAUUUAAUAAUAACUUAUAAUUUUAUAAUGGCUUAUAAUGUAAUAAAAGCUUAGGUAACCCUUUCUUUUACGGUACACUUAUUACCAGGUAAUUAACAGGUAAUUACCUAGUAAUAACAUGAAAUUAUCUGGUAAUUACAUGAUAACUACUAAGUCAUUAUUGUCUAGCUAUCAGGUAGGUAACCUUCCAUCAUCAUACAAAUUUGAAAUCGAAUUGCUCUGGUAUUUCCAGGAUUUUCUCCGCUUCCUGGAACCACCACUUGCGCAGAAGCAUUGUACGCAAGUGUCAAUCAUAAAAAAUAAGAACCCCAAAUAGCUUUUUAAAAUGGAGCUGCACAGAAAAAAUGAAAAAAAAUAAAAACUAGACAGUAUUGACUUAGUGGUUAUCAUGUAAUUACCAGAUAAUUUCAUGUUGUUAUUAGGUAAUUAUAUGUUUAUUACCUGGUUAUAAGUGUACCGUAAUAACGGCUCAUAGUAUAAUAACAGCUCAUAAUGUGAAAAACGGCUCAUAUUGUAUUAACGGCUGAGAAUGUAAUAACGUAAAUAUAAUGAAAGUUCAUAAUGUUGUAAUCAGCUUAUAACUGGAUGAAAAUCAUGAGUGCAUAACAUAAUAAUGUGUGUUCAUAAUGUAGUAAUGUAACAAUUUAUUAGAGUAAAGUGAGUUGAUAAUAUACAUUUAUUAUCUUAAUUUAUUUGUUUUUGUACCUGGUAUACUUGAAUGUUGUGUGUUCUGCUGCUGUUGACAAUUUAAAUUCCCCCCACUGAGGGAUGAAUGAAGGAAUACCUAAUCUACUCUAAUUAAAGUUAUUACAUUAUGAGCCACUAUUACAUUAGGGGUUGCCACAUGACGCUUUUCCGUCUGUUCUACACUCUUUAUAAGAUAGUUAUAUACUUUAUUGACACUCAACUGGGAAACGCUGGUGUUACACUAGCAACAACUUGACUUAAGAGUCAAGUCAAGAAUUCUUACAAAGAAAAAUACAAGAUUUAAAAGAGAGAGCAAAGGCUUGGCAGGAGUUAAGAGAGUCAGAGGUAAGCGGCGUGAAAUUCAACAAAGCUCACUGCAGUUAUCAGACUAUCAAAUCGCCCCUGUGAACAAGCAUUGAGAUGUAUAAAGGCUGUAAAAGAUCUUGCGCUGGGCCUCAUUAUUGCCAACACUUGUCAGAAGUCAGCUUCAAUUUCCUGCCUGAGGACUACAAAGAAACCUUAGAUAAGAACCUGUUUAAGCCUCGGGCAUUAUCUGCAACUUAAAGCACUUUUGUAUGCCUCUCUUGUUUUCAAGUAACAUGUGCGUCAUAACCUGUGAUUGAUUUUCAGUCUUGUAAGAAGUUUUAUCUUGGGUUAGGAUUAUUUAGAUGUUAAAACUUACAAGAGCUCCGUAACAAAAUACUAUCAUAUCUGUUGCUGAGGUGUAGGUACAGUGUGUACAGGGAUUUUGUAUUGUAUUUGAAGUAUCCGUUUUUGUCCUCGCCACAGGCUGAUUGACCCGCAGACUCAAGUUACCAGAACAAGUGUAAGUCAAACUGUUUUCUCAAGCACAUCUCUUUUUUUCCGAAAAAGGUUCAGAUGUUCACUCCUGAUGUUUGUAUCAUUGAGAAAUCUUCUUUCUCUCAUUUCUCAGUUCCAGCUCGGAGAGGUUUCUCAGUUCGCGGCUCACCAGGAGAACGGGAGGCUGAUGGGAUUUGUGGUUGAGGGCAGAGACUGGAAUGAGGAAGAUGAGGAAGGAGAGCCCUCGUUUAGCACUUUCGUAUUUGAGAGCAACACAGAAGGAGAAAAGGUUCAAACACAUAACGUUUUUUUCUGUCUGAUGAGUCAAAUAUGCAGAAGUGGUUUGGAUAUGUGUUGAUCUUUUCCUUUGUUUUCACAGAUAUGUUACACUAUAAACUUGGCGAAGGAAAUCGCAGAGGCAAAGACGGUACUGUCACACGAACACAAACACUUCUGAUGUGAAAAUCCAAAUAGAUGUUAUUCAUUUUAAGGCUUUGACAAACAAAGACAGCAUAAUAUGAAAAUUAUAUCAGUAAGUGUAGACAUAAAUGGAAGAAAAAUACUCAUCCUUUUAUGGUAAUGUGCCAUAAAAAUGUGAUUGCAGCUCUAGUGAACAUAGAGUGGGUAGUUCAAGAACUAAAGCUUGCAGAGAUGCCCGUGUCAGGGUUUCUGCAAAGUCUUAAAAAGUCCAACAACGUCUAAAAUCCAAUAAUUUGAAUUCAAGGCCUUAAAAUGUCUAAAAUUCUCUUAAAACAUCAUAAAAUGUCUUAAAUACAAAUUUGAAAGGUCUUAGAAAUGUAUUGAUGUUCCUUACAAAUAAAGAUUGAUUUGAAGUUAGUUUAAAGUUUUCCAAUUUGCCUUCAUGUCUUUUGUACUUUUUUUUGCCAGUAUGGAUGUAGAAUGUAUCUUAAAUUGUAUUCAUCAUGGUGUUAAAAAAGUUUUAAUGUCUUAAAUUUGACCUGUUGAAACCUACAGAAACCCUGCCAUGUACUCCCAGGUUCUGUAGACUACUUAAAUACAUCCCAUAUGAAAGCUGCUUCAGUCUAGACCUCAACAUUUUAUCCAGUGCAUGUAAAGAGUUAAUGCAAUCUUUUUAAAAUCCAUCUUUCUCUUAUCUCUUUAAAGUUUUUUAAGUCUUUUUAUCUGUUAUUUUCAUCUUCUGCAAAGCUGUUUUUUUUACUACAACUUCUAAAAAUCUAGUUUAACUGUAAGUAGUACAGUCACUUUUUAACCAUCUGAAACCAGAAAAAAUUAAAAAAAAUGGACUAAUCUGGAGAUAAUUAUAAAAAGCUCCACCAGAGGGAGUCGUUAACAUCAAACCCUAAAUUCAAAUCCAACAGAACACAUUGGGGAGAUAUUAUCACAUAUUACGUUCAAAAACAGAGAAACAAAAAUAAAACUUUGUCUCUUUGCUGUUUUUGUUUUCUGCAGGAUCCCGAGGCUCUGGCCCAACUGAUGAAAAACAUGCCUCUAACCAAUGACGGCAAAUUCCUGUUACUAGAGCCUGAGACAGGAGACACGGCCAACGGGGACGGACAAGAAGACCUGGAGUCCGAGGCCUAGUCCAUGUCAAAACCCCAGAAAUAAGUCCUCCUACUAGGGCCACCCUCUGACUUUUGCCGAGGAGAGAAGUCUUUCCCUGGAUGACGUUAUCAUCUUGAUCUCCUAGCCCUAACUCUGGUACAGUAACACCCAUAUUAGAGAGUGUAGUUCACUUUACUCACCUUGUGUUACUAAGUCUCCAGUUUUUCGCUGUCAUGAGGGCAGAAGACUUUGUCAGGGGAGGUUAGUUGCCUGGACCUAAAAGCAUGUCUCAUGGGCGCUUCAUUAGAUCGGCUUUUCUCUGGUCAGACUGCAGGAUGGGAGCUUGGAUUUGUUUUUAAAAACAUUGAUGAUGGUACUCACAUCAAAAGGGAAACUAUAUAGGUAGUCGUAAUUAAGUUUCCUUGUCUUCUUAUAUUUCCAGACAUCUAACGGAUGGGGGUGAAUUAUCUGCUUCAGUUCCGGUUUACACUUAUUUUACAGUUUACAUAGUUUUGAGUCUGUUUGGAGAAUUUCUUCCUUUACAUUAUUUUACUUGUUCAACUUGUAUGCAACUACUUUGGCAAUUGUUUCUCGUUUACUUGUGUACAAAAAUCGUUAAGAAACGCUCAAUGAUUACAGAAUGCACUUAAUGAGAAAUCUGAAGGAUCUUUGACUUGGUGACAAUGAAGUGGUACGAAAGAACACUAUGUGUUUUUUUUUGGUCUUCUGCAGCCCAAAAGCAUUUUUUUUUAAAUAAACUUAAGUCCCAUUUUACAUUUAUACGUCAUUACAGAUACUGGUUAAAAGUCUUAAAGAUGAUCUGUAUGCAGGGUUAAAGAGCCCCAUUGUUCCUCAGUAAACUGAAAGGUCUUUUGCACUCUUGUUUCUGGAAAGCCUUUGUAAAUAUGAACUGUCUGAGUGUCUGUAUGAUGUGUAAUCAGAGUUGCCUGCAUUAAAAGCUUUCAGAGUCGAUAUGCUGGGGCUGAUCCAGUGCAUGAUUAAACAGCGGUGUUCUCUCUCAGUCCCUUUGCAGAAGAUUAAAAUGUCUACGCUGAGUAAUGAGCUGUAUUACAGAGAAAAAAUCUGAAACCUUACACUAACACAUGAAAGUCUAAUUUAACUCCUUGAAAAGCAAUUUGCUCAUACAUAUGAAAACUAAUCAAAGCAGGAAAACUGAAGGGAAAGUGAUUGAUCAGUGCUUUUCUACAUUUCCUUUAACAUCCCAGUGCAGUUUUGUUCCAUUUAAGCUACAACACUAAUCUCAAGAGGCAGUUCAUCAGUAAACUGUGAUAUUUUCACACUGUGUGUUACAGAUACUUAAAAAAACAACAACACAGAUUUGACAAAAUAAGUUUCAUUAAGUUUACUGGUGUGCGUUUGCCCGGCUGCUUUCAUUCUUCUGAUCUAUACCAGAGCGUUUGACUCGCCAUUUAAAACUGAAACAUCAGUGAAAUAUUAGAAGUUAUAGUCAUGAAACUAUAGUUCAUAAAUGAAAAAAGUUGUCUGACAUUUUAAAGAAUAUACUAAUUUGCAUCUUUGGAAAUAGAGUGGAGAAUAGAUAACACUUUCUUUUAUCAGCAUAGAUUAAGCUGUGAGAUUGGCACCGUCCUUCGACCACACCUCUAAUAAAACUGAAGUUACGUGAAUAAACAUUCGUAGUCGCAGCUAUUUCCUGCCAUAUUUCAUGACUAACACAUGCCCGUGUUGUUCCUCUGAUUAAUGGCGCUCAUACAAACCAAUUCUUGAGCUGCAUGUGGCUGCAGCAGGACAUUACAGUCACAGCUGUGUGCUCUGUAAGUGAUGUACUGUCAGGAGAGUCUGAGACCUUGAUGGUUAGAAAGUACAUUUCAGUGUGAAACAGGACAUGUGCUCCCCUUCUCCUCUAUCGUUUUGUAAAAAAGCUUAAUCGUAACAAAACUUCUAUCCAUAAUGCUUUACAUUUCAUUUGUCCUUUUCUACAAUCCAUGUUAAUAUGCUAUCUUGAAUAAAUGUCUUUUUUUUUCUUACA